AUGAAAAGGUACAUCAAUCAGAUGUGGAACACAGUUGCCAUGCCAGAUCUGUUCUAUCAUGAUGAGGGAUAUUAUCUUGUGAGAUUUCAUUCUUUGGAAGAAAUGAAGGAAAUCAUGUGUGCUGGGCCUUAUACAGUGAAUGGAAGACCAAUGAUAAUGAAACACUGGUCUCCAUACUUUGAUUUUGCAGCAGAAUUCUUGACAGAUAUUCCACUAUGGGUAAGGUUCCCAAAGCUUCCCAUGAACUGUUGGAGUGGGAACUCACUGAGUAGAAUAGCAAGUACCAUAGGGAUCCCUAUGUUUGCAGAUGAGUGUACUGCUAAACAGACAAGAAUCUCCUAUGCUAGAAUCCUGAUAGAAGUGAAUGUUACAAAGCCUCUGCCAACUAGUAUCCCAGUCAUGAAUGAUGAAGGGGUGAUGUUUGAACAAGCAGUUGAAUAUGAUUGGAAACCUGAGUUUUGUGAAAAAUGUUUAAAAGCAGGGCAUAAUUGCAGUAGAAUCCCAAAGGAAAGUGAUAAACAAAUUCCUCAGUCCAGGAAUAGGAAGCCACCACCAGUAAAACAAAUAUGGAGAACAAAGGAGCCAGCUAAAGUUACAACAGAUGAAGUGAAUCAGAAACAAGGUGAAGAAGCCACCAAGGAAGUUGUGAAUGUUCCUAAGCUAACCGAAAGUAAGGAAGAUCAUCAAAAAGAAGAGGAAGCAAUGGAAACAAGCAGACAAGUGGAUUAA